CCCAUCCAAGGCCCAGAAUUCUUACUCUCCUACAGAAAAGUGAUCCCUUCUCAUCUCCCACAAGAAGUCACAUAUUUCUACAAGAUGGCCGCUCAAGAAAACACCCAGGGCGCACAGUCCGAGAGACACGCCAUUGGUAUCUCCUUUGGAAACUCAAACAGCUCGAUCGCCUACACCACAAUCGAGGAUAAGGCCGAGGUUAUUGCCAACGAGGAUGGAGAUCGUCAAAUCCCCUCCAUCAUCUCUUACAUCGACGGAGAGGAGUAUGUCGGUAACCAGGCCAAGUCGCAACUCAUCCGCAACAAGGACAACACUGUCGCAUAUUUCAGAGAUUUCGUCGGCCAAGAGUUCAAGUCGAUAGACCCAACCCACUCGCACGCAUCUGCUCACCCAAAAGCCCAUGAGAACACCGUCGCUUUCACCAUCAAGGACAAGGCAGAGGGCGAGCCCUCCACCGUGACCGUCUCCGAGAUCACCAGCCGCCUCAUCAAGCGUCUCGUCGACUCGGCCACCGACUUCACCGGAAAGAAGGUUGACUCUGCUGUCAUCGCCGUCCCCACCAACUUCACCGAGGCCCAGAAACAGGCUCUUACCGCUGCCGCCAAAGACGCCGGACUCGAGGUUCUCCAGCUGAUCAACGAGCCCAUCGCCGCCUUAUUAGCAUAUGACGGUCGCCCAGAUGCCAAGGUCUCCGACAAGAUCGUCGUCGUUGCCGACUUCGGUGGAACCCGCUCAGACGUCACCGUCGUCGCCUCCAGAGGCGGCAUGUACACUAUCCUGGCCACGUCGCACGACUACGAGUUCGCCGGAUGCCACCUCGACCAAGUGCUCAUGGACCACUUCGCAAAGGAGUUCAUCAAGUGGAAUACCACCGACCCCCGCGCCGAGGCCCGCUCCCUCGCCAAGCUCAAGCUCGAGUCCGAGGCGGCCAAGAAGGCCCUCUCCAUCGGCACCAACUCCAGCUUCAGCGUCGAGUCCCUCGCCGAGGGCAUCGAUUUCUCCUCCACCAUCAACCGCCUGCGCUACGAGACCAUCGGCCGCAAGGUCUUUGAGGGCUUCAACCGCCUCAUCACCUCCACCAUCGAGAAGGCCGACCUCGACGUCCUCGACAUCGACCAGGUCAUCAUGUGCGGUGGCACCUCCCACACCCCCCGCAUCGCCGCCAACUUCCGCAACAUCUUCCCCGCCACCACCGAGAUCCUCGCCCCCUCCACCACCCCCACGGCCAUCAACCCAUCGGAGCUCGCCGCUCGCGGUGCUGCCCUCCAGGCCUCCCUCAUCCAGGAGUACGACGCUACUGAUAUCGAGCAGUCCACCCACGCGGCUGUCACAACCGUCAAGCACCUCGCCCACGCCCUGGGUGUUCUCGCCAUCUCCGAUGAUCCCGCCCGCGGCGUCUUUGUCCCUAUCGUCCCUGCGGAGACUGCUGCGCCGGCUCGCCGCACCAUCCACAUCGCUGCGCCAAAGGCUGGUGGUGAUGUCCUAAUCAAGGUUGUUGAGGGUGGCUCGCACAUCAAGGUCACUCAGCCAGAGCCAAAGGCAAAGUCGAACGGCGCCAAGGUGGCCGAUGCGCACGAGGAUGGAUCUGAGGAUGAUGAGUCGUCUGAGGAGGAGGAGGAGGAGACCCGCGAGAAGGUGUGGAAGGUUGGUGGUGUGCUUGCCGAGAUCGCCGUUAAGGGUGUUAAGGCUGGUGGAAGCGUUGAGGUCACGAUUAAUGUUGCGGGUGAUCUUGCGACCACGAUCACGGCGAGGGAGGUUGGUGGUAAGGGAGGUGUUAGGGGGAACUUGGAGGCACCGCAGUAGGGAGCCAAACGGAGAGGUGUGAUAUUUGUAUAGAGGUGUAGAUGAUAGACGAAUUGGAGCUUAGACGUGAUGAAUUUACUGUCAGGGUCGAUAGUUUUGCACAGUCUGGACUGCACAGUUAGAGAAUAAAAUUGGAGA